AUGAGUUCUUUGGACGAGGAUGAAGAGGACUUCGAAAUGCUGGACACGGAGAACCUCCAGUUUAUGGGGAAGAAGAUGUUUGGCAAACAGGCCGGCGAAGACGAGAGUGAUGAUUUUGCUAUAGGGGGUAGCACCCCGACCAAUAAACUGAAAUUUUAUCCAUAUUCGAACAACAAAUUGACAAGAAGUACGGGGACCUUGAACCUGUCAUUAAGUAAUACAGCUUUGUCAGAGGCUAACUCCAAAUUUCUUGGGAAAAUUGAAGAAGAGGAAGAAGAGGAGGAAGAAGGCAAGGAUGAGGAAAGCGUGGAUUCUCGUAUUAAAAGGUGGUCUCCGUUCCAUGAAAAUGAAAGUGUUACUACUCCUAUUACAAAAAGAUCUGCGGAAAAAACGAACAGUCCUAUUUCUCUCAAACAAUGGAACCAGCGAUGGUUUCCGAAAAAUGAUGCUCGCACUGAAAAUACAUCCUCAUCCUCUUCAUAUAGCGUCGCUAAACCUAACCAAUCAGCCUUUACGUCUUCGGGCCUCGUAUCUAAAAUGUCUAUGGACACUUCGUUAUACCCUGCGAAAUUGAGGAUACCAGAAACACCAGUGAAAAAAUCACCCUUAGUGGAGGGAAGAGACCAUAAGCAUGUCCACCUUUCGAGUUCGAAAAAUGCAUCGUCUUCUCUAAGUGUUUCCCCUUUAAAUUUUGUUGAAGACAAUAAUUUACAAGAAGACCUUUUAUUUUCAGAUUCUCCGUCUUCGAAAGCUUUACCUUCCAUCCAUGUACCAACCAUAGACUCAUCCCCACUGAGCGAGGCAAAAUAUCAUGCACAUGAUCGUCACAAUAACCAGACAAACAUCCUGUCUCCCACUAAUAGCUUGGUUACCAACAGCUCUCCACAAACAUUGCAUUCUAACAAGUUCAAAAAAAUCAAAAGAGCAAGGAAUUCGGUUAUUUUGAAAAAUAGAGAGCUAACAAACAGUUUACAACAAUUCAAAGAUGAUUUAUACGGCACGGACGAGAAUUUCCCACCUCCAAUCAUAAUAUCAAGUCAUCAUUCAACUAGAAAGAACCCUCAACCUUAUCAAUUUCGUGGACGCUAUGACAAUGACACUGACGAAGAGAUCUCCACUCCAACAAGACGAAAAUCUAUUAUUGGGGCAACAUCUCAAACACAUAGAGAAAGCAGACCAUUGUCACUCUCCUCUGCCAUCGUGACAAACACAACAAGUGCAGAGACGCAUUCCAUAUCUUCCACCGAUUCUUCGCCGUUAAAUUCCAAAAGGCGUCUAAUCUCUUCAAAUAAGUUAUCAGCAAAUCCAGAUUCCCAUCUUUUCGAAAAAUUUACGAAUGUGCAUUCCAUUGGUAAAGGCCAGUUUUCCACGGUCUACCAGGUUACGUUUGCCCAAACAAACAAAAAGUAUGCAAUCAAAGCCAUUAAACCAAACAAAUAUAAUUCCUUGAAACGCAUAUUACUGGAAAUUAAAAUACUAAACGAGGUAACAAACCAAAUUACAAUGGAUCAAGAAGGGAAGGAAUACAUCAUCGAUUACAUCAGUUCCUGGAAGUUUCAAAAUUCAUACUAUAUUAUGACAGAAUUGUGCGAAAAUGGUAAUUUGGAUGGAUUUUUACAAGAGCAAGUUAUCGCAAAGAAAAAAAGGUUGGAAGAUUGGAGAAUUUGGAAAAUCAUCGUGGAAUUAAGCCUGGCUUUACGAUUCAUCCAUGAUUCUUGUCACAUUGUGCAUCUGGACUUGAAACCCGCAAACGUCAUGAUCACAUUUGAAGGUAACCUAAAACUAGGUGACUUUGGAAUGGCUACUCAUUUACCGUUGGAGGAUAAAAGUUUUGAAAAUGAAGGUGACAGAGAAUAUAUUGCACCAGAAAUCAUUUCUGAUUGUACGUACGAUUACAAGGCAGAUAUUUUUUCCCUGGGUCUGAUGAUUGUUGAAAUUGCAGCGAACGUUGUGUUACCUGACAAUGGCAACGCAUGGCAUAAGUUGAGAUCGGGUGAUUUAUCGGAUGCAGGAAGAUUAAGUUCCACAGAUAUUCAUUCUGAAUCAUUAUUUUCAGACAUUACGAAAGUAGAUACAAAUGAUUUAUUUGAUUUUGAAAGAGACAAUAUCAGUGGUAAUAGUAACAACGCUGGCACCUCCACUGUUCAUAACAAUAGUAAUAUCAACAACCCUAAUAUGAAUAAUGGCAACGAUAAUAAUAAUGUCAAUACUGCCGCUACCAAGAAUCGUCUUAUUUUGCAUAAAAGUUCUAAAAUUCCCGCAUGGGUACCGAAAUUUCUUAUUGAUGGUGAAUCACUUGAGAGAAUAGUACGAUGGAUGAUAGAGCCCAAUUAUGAGAGAAGGCCCACGGCAAAUCAAAUCUUACAAACUGAGGAAUGCCUGUAUGUAGAAAUGACACGCAAUGCAGGUGCUAUUAUCCAGGAAGACGACUUUGGACCUAAGCCAAAAUUUUUUAUAUGA